AUGAUAGUAGAGAAUGUUAAAAAAAACAAAUUCUCUUUCUCUAGAAAGAGUGAAUCAGAAUAAUAAUGCAAACUAGAUUAGUUCAAGAAUAAACUCUAAGGGGAUGUACUCCAAUUUCUCAAGAAUACAAAACCAGAUGAUUAAUCAUUACAAUCAUUUUUGUAAAGGAUGGGGAUAAAUUUGGAAGUUGAUGAAGAGAAGUAUAUUUUGGAUAUAAAAGAAUACCAUAAUAACUAUAUAGAAGGAGAUAUUUUAGGAGAAGGUUGUAUAGGGUUAGUAAAGAGUGUGAAAAGAAAGAGUGAUAAUUUUGAAUUCGCUUGUAAAACAGUGAAAACUGAUUCAGAAGAAAUUGUAAAGAAGAUGAUAUUGGAGUUUAAAAACCUUAAGAGAUUGAAUCAUCCCCAUAUAGUGUCAAUGAAAGAGAUUUAUAUCUAAUGGAAUGAAGGAUUCUAAUCCACUGGAAUGGUAUGUGUAAUUAUGGAGAAAAUUGAUGGGAGAGAGAUGUUUGAGGUUAUUUAAUAAUAAAAACAAUAUAGUGGUAUUAUUUUAACUAAGAAAGAGACCAUUGCUCGUGUACUAUUCAUAUAGAUCCUAGAAGCCAUCAAAUAUAUGCAUGAAAACUAUUGUUGCCAUCGAGAUUUAAAGCCAAAUAACAUUUUAUGUGCACAUGAUGGCAAAUCUAUAAAAAUAACUGAUUUUAAUGUUUCAAAAUUUAAUGAUAGUUAUAAAGAGUUUGGAGAUCUCAAUUAACAUGGAAAAAUUGAAAUGUGGACCUAUACUGGAACUGUUGCAUUCUCAGCACCUGAGAUCUUUUCAGGAAACCUUUAUAAUGAAUAAGUUGAUUUAUGGAGUGCAGGUGUCAUAUUAUUUGUAAUGCUAAGUGGAGAAUUGCCCUUCAAUUCUGAAUAUCUCAACGAUCUAAUUGAGUAGAUUAGAUAGUGUAAAUAUGAGUUUGGCGGAAUCAUUUGGGAUUAAAUCUCUGAAUCAGCUAAGGAUCUGAUUACUAAUCUUCUAUAAUUGGAUCCUGACAAAAGAUUCACUCCAGAAUAGGCUCUAAAUCAUCCUUGGAUCACUCAUGAAUAAAGUAAUUCAGAUAUUCCGAGAUAUUAAUUGCAAAUCAAUAUGGCUCGCAUUUUGAGAGUUAAAAAUAUUAAUCAGGAAUCAAAGAUCAAAUAAAUAUGCUAUUUAUUUGGAGCUGGAGAUAUUUGGAAGAGACAUUCUCUAGGUUAAGAUACUAAUCUAGAUUUAUAUGACAAUUUGAAAAAAUAUCGAUCUAUAGACAUUUCUGAUAGUUGGAAAAAUGCUGAAAUCAAAGUGACAAAAGAUCAAAGCAAAAAGGGUGUUUAUACUAUAGAUUAUCCCUUUACCGAUUCUGAUUGA